GGCCCAAACAAAACCCAAGUUCUUUGGCUCAACUUUUUGUUCUAAACCCAAUUGUAAUCUAUCUUCGGUGCAAAAUACAACACACAAAAAUGGCUGUUGCUUCUUCAACAAAGUUAAUUGCACUUCGAAGAUUAUUAUUAACGAGAACUCUGAAACAUAUAUCCCCUGUUUAUUCUUCCUCAUCAUCAAUUCCACGAUCAUUGCUGUCUCCUCUUCGUUUCUUAGAACCUUCUAAUUACUCAAUACCUCCUCUUUCUAGAACCUUCUCUUCUUCUGGCCCUUCCGGUAUUGAUCCCGGUGCUUCCCCAGUUGCUGUAGAUUACAGUUCUCUGUUGCAGGAGGAUGAGUUUCAUAACUUGGCUGAUUCCGCUAUUCAUCAUCUCCUUGAGAAGAUAGAGGACUAUGGGGAUUCUGUGGAUAUAGAUGGUUUUGACAUUGACUAUGGGAACCAAGUUUUAACUGUGAAAUUUGGGAAUUUGGGAACUUAUGUGUUGAACAAGCAAACACCAAAUAGACAAAUUUGGAUGUCAUCACCUGUGAGUGGUCCGUCUAGAUUUGACUGGGAUCAAAGUGCUCAAGCUUGGGUUUACAGACGUACUAAAGAGUAUCUCUUCAAUAUUUUGGAAAGUGAGUUGGCACAGCUAUGUGGCCAUGCCAUUACUCUAUCGUAAACUUGUUGCUGAUCAUAUGACAACCUUGGAUGACUUCUUGUUGCAAUAACAUGUUUCGUUUUCAAGCACAGGAACUCUACCUUCCUUAUAUGUCAUCAAAAUUAUCAAAGCUUGUGAAUUUUGUAGUAAAUCCAGCUGAUCCUAACCUUCACUUCUGUCUUAUCUCUCUUUGAUAGAGUACGCCUUAUAUUGCAAGUUUUAGGUUGCGUUCACUUGGAUGGAAUGGAAUGAGGGAGGAAUGGAAUGAAGAAUUAUAAAGAAGUUGUAUGGAGAAAGAAGAGAGUAUGAGAAUACAGUGAACAAAUAUGGGUGAGUCUAGAUUUUUGAUAAUGAAGAUGGUAGGGAAAGAUGAUAUUGAAGUAGAAUGAGCAUUCCUUUCGAAACAUGUGAGUUAGGAUUAUAGUUCAAAUGAAAUGAUUGAAGUAAUGAAAAUUAUAGAAAUUUUCUUUGAUCACUCCCAAUUUAGAGUACAAAUUUCAUUUCAUUCUUUUUUUUAUUUCAUCCACGUGGACGUAGUUAGUGUCUAUUUGAAAGUUUUUUUUA